AUGUCGAUAAAAGGGCGAAAUUUGAGGAAUUUUCUCACUGGUUCUGGUUUAAAGAGUCUAAGGUAAGUUUAAAUCUCCUCCCUCAGCUAAAAAAGUCAAUUAAAAAAUGUUUCAGCAUCACUGAUGAUUUCGUUCAAAACACUAAUCUUCUCACUUAUCGUAACCCUUUCAUUGGCUCAAUACAAUUUCGAGAAUCCACCAGCUGAAGAUGUUGUUUCAUCAGGUCAAAGUGGAACAAUUCCAGACGAUUUGUCAGUUCCACAAGAUUGUCAAAACAAAGAAGAUGGUCUCUACGAACUUGCCGGAUGUUCAACACAAUUUUUGACGUGUUCCGGUGGAAUUGCACGAAUUAUGGAUUGCCCAGCCAAUUUGAUCUAUGAUUCAAGAAUUGUCGCCUGCGAAUAUUCAUACAAUGUUCCAGCGUGUAAUGGAGGAAGCGGAUAUGAACCAGCACAAGAACCAACUGUUGAUGAAACUACCACCACACAAGAAUUUGAAACAACUGAAGAAGCUACCACUGAAGAAGCCACUACCGAAGAAGUGACAACUGAAGAAGCUACCACUGAAGAAGCCACCAUCGUCCCAGAAGGUUCAGCAAUUCUUCCAGCAUCUGAUGAGCCGCGUGCUGCCAAUCAUUGCGUCGAAGAUGGUUUCUAUUCAUAUGGUGCAUGCAGUGACAGUUAUACAGCUUGUUCAAAUGGCUAUUCGAUUCCAAUGCAAUGCCCAUCUGGACUCGCUUUCGAUCAAGCCAGACAACUUUGCGAUUAUCCAUUGGCUGUUGCUGAAUGUUCCAGUGAGUUUGAAAAAUGGGAAAUAAUUUUAAAUAAAUACGCGCUUUUCAAAAAGUUUCCACGUCAUCAGUUCACCUCAAAAAAUGUUAAUUUGUCAAACUCUUUUAGAACUAUGACGUGGCAAAGAUUCUAAAUCUCAAAGGUUUUCCUAAUUUUGCCACGUCACCCUCUCUGAAAAUGAGUUUUGACGUGGAAUUUUGAAUCUUUAUCACGUCAUGGCUAAUGCUCAAUUUGAGCUCAAAAACUCACUCAAUUUCCAACUCAACCUCAAACUUUCCAGACGAAUCAUCUGGCUCUGGAUCUGGAGCUGAAGCUGAAGGAUCAGGUGAAGCUGAAUAUGGAAGUGGAGCCGGAUACGAAGAGCCAACAGCUUGCGUCGGUGGAGCCACACAAAUUGCCGCCUGCUCGUCGAGUUAUCAAAACUGCGUGAAUGGCGAAUGGACAAUUUUCACUUGCGAAAACGAUUUGGUCUUCUCGCAACAACAAGGAGAAUGUGUUUCGGCUGAAACUUGUUCACCACAAAAUACUUCUUCACCAUAUUAA